UGAAACUGCUAGAGUAAGGUUUAAUACGAAUAGCUAUUCAUACCUUCAAGACUCCACUGAACCCGAAAUGAACCAACAAGGACAAAAUGGCACCUCGGAAAUUAAAGACUUGGGAGUGACUCCUACUUUACAACAUCUAAGCGAUUUUAGUGAAAAAUGUACUACAAUCAAAAAACUUUCUACAGAAAUUUUACAAAAAGCGGAAAAGGAUGCCGCUAAAAAGGGUUGA